CAGGAGAGACCCUUUUGAUGUAAGGAAUUUUUUACAACUAAUUUGUUGAGUAUUCCGUGCGUGUUGUUUUGAUGCGAUAAAUAGGGUCAGGAGAAAGUGGUGAUUUCCCUUGUAUUUGGCUGCCGGCCAAGAUGAGAGAUAAGAUUGUGCUCGUCGAGAUAAGGACCUAAGCUUGUACGGCCUUGGUGAUGCAUUGGUAAGGAGAAACACGUUUUUAUCAUUGAUGUUUCAAACUGGAACUGAGAAUGUUGUCUUAAAACAUCCUAGCCUAAAGUGUAAUCCCCUUCAGUUUGUGCAUUUUGUUUGUUUGUUUUUUUGGCUUGAUUUGUGCAUGAACUUGGCGUAAAUUUUUUUCUCCUCCAGGAUUGACUCAUCGCGUUCAAAUUAGACUUGGUGCCAUCGAACUGUUGUUGGGCGACCAUUAUUUUAUUUUUCCAAGAUCUACAGUCACCGCUCACUAGUGUGACGCCCGAGUUUCUUCAGUCAUGGAUCUCUCUAUGUGCCUCGCAUUUUUAAUUAUUUUCGUUGUGCUUUUUGCUCUUUGGUGGAAGCUGUUUACGAGUUUGGAUGUUCCGAAAUCGUUGAGAUCAUCGUACACCAAUCCCGGACCUUGGUAUUUAUUGAAAAUCAUCGCUGCCAGAAUUUGGUUGAGUCGGAAACUAAAGAAAAAUCCUCGCGUUCUCAACAACAUCAUUGACGAUGACUACAAUAAAGUCGAUUCCAAAGGAUACAACCAAAUUGGAAGAUUGGUGCCGACCAAUGUGGAAAUUGCAUGGGAACAACCGCAUCCCCUGAAAUUAAUGACGGAUUUUGACGGGUUGACAUUUUACGGAACCGAUGGCGACAGUACGUUCCUUCAAGUGUCGAUUAAUCGUCUGAUCAAUCGGCAAGCUCAGGUUACCCUACUGUUUACACUGAAAGAUGGAACUGUCUACCGAUUACCCGCCGCCCCUGAUACUUUGAUUUCAAACACGGAUGGCAGGGAAUCAUUUAACACGGAUGGCAGAUUGAAAUUCCAACUUCUCGAAGCCAUGAAGAAAUGGCGGAUAACAUUCAACGGCCUAGCGAAGCGAACGCGCCACGGAAAGGAAACUGAAGUGCACUUGAGAAUCAACCUGAUCUGGGCAACGUUUACUCGUCCGUUCGAGUUCAAACGAGAAUUCAGUCACAAGUUACUAGCGCAAGGAAUGGCUCGGGAGCGUUGGAGGGGGCAACUUGAUUGGUCACAAAUGAGUGAGCCAACUGUGGAUGGGGUCGACCAGUGGGGUGUUAUGUUCGGAACUUAUCAAGACAGUAGUUUGGACAUUGAAAAAGAAAUUUAUCUGCGCAGUCUUCGUCAAAGGCGUUGGGGACAAAACAAUGCUUCGACAUUGCGCAGGAAAUUAGAUAUCGUUGGAGCUUCUGAGGAUGGACAUUAUUUCUACUUGAGCGCUACUUCGGAUUCAGCUCGUCUAACUCACGAAGUCUGGGGUCAUGUCUUCCAACCGAAUGGAUUUCUCUACAAAAUUGAUGCAUCGAGUUUAGAUUUGAAAGAUAUCGGGGAAAAGGGCACAAUCCCAAAACAUUUUUCAAUCCGCUUUUCCACCAAAAGCCGCAACUAUCACGCAACCAUCCAUUUGCUCCCAUCAUCACCAUUCGAACAUUUCAUUGGGCGUCCGUGGGUUCAUUGUAGCACGACAUACCCGUGUCACUUGACGUUGAAUUCACGCCAAGGACGCGUGGUUUUGGUAAACACCAACGUGUUUCACGGAUAUUGUCCGAAUGAAAAUGAAGUAUCUGUUCCUUAUUUGAGUGCCCCUAAUCGCGAACCAUCGUCGUCUGAAACAGAAAAACUCGUUUUGUUGUUUAAUGAAGAGGCUUGUCGCUUUGAAAGUUUAGUUGGAGGCAAAGGGUCGUCUUUGGCUCUCCUUAGCAGCAACUCAGGUGAAGCUCCUGUGGCAUGUCAAGUUCCAGCGGGAUUUUGCGUGACAGUCAAUGCUUGGAAAGCUCAAACACAAAACAACCGUGAUAUUGAAGAAGUAUUCCUACAGCUGGAAGAUGUAGCAACUGGAGUGGUUAAAGGAAAACUGGAGGAAUUCUGCAUAAAAGCGGAGAACCUCGUAGCUUCUCUUCCUGUCAACACGUUCGUCCAGGAUUGCAUCAAAGAAGCUCUGCAGGAGAUGUUUGGUGAUGAAUCUGAAAAGAAACGAUUCGCUGUCCGAUCGUCUGCUGUUGGUGAAGACGGCGAAGAAUUAUCUUCUGCUGGACAAAAUAUCACUGUACUCGGUUGUCAAGGGUUCGAAUCGAUCAUGUCAGGAUUGCAAAAAUGUUGGGCUUCGCUGCUUUCUUAUCAGUCGGUCGAGUAUCGUCGUCAACAUGGAGAGCCUCUCAUUCCAGGAAUGGGAGUGGUUAUUCAGGAGAUGGUCGACGCCGAAGCAGCUGGAGUUCUCUUCACUGUCAACCCCAACGAUGGCGACCCAAGCAAAAUGAUUUUGACUGCCAACUACGGGUUGGGCGAGUCGGUUGUUUCCGCUUCCGCUGACCCCGAUACUUUUUACAUCAAAAGGACGUCAAGUGGAGAAUUGUCCGUCUCUUCCCGAACUGUCGGAGCUAAACAAACCAAAGUGAUUCUGUCAGAUGAUGGUACCCGUGAAGAAAAAAUUGCGGAAGAAGUAUCGACUACAUUGUGCUUGUCGGACGAGAAAGUCUUAGAACUCGGUCAACUUGGAGUUUAUUUAGAAAAGGCAUUUGGUGGACCAAGGGACUUGGAAUUUGCUGUAUCUGAAGGCGCACUGUAUUUGCUCCAGGCAAGACCAGUUACUGCGCUCGAUGCUUGGACUGACUUUGAACUUCGUCAUGAAUUUGAUUCUCCUAUUCUCACGGAUUCAGAUUACGUGACUAAGGCGAACACAGGCGAAGUUUUUCCCGGUGCAACUUCUCCCCUUGGCCUAUCAGUUACCGCCAGGGCUUUAGAUCUCAGUUUCCAAUUUGUGAUUAAAGAGCAAUUUGCCAGAUUUUUUGAGGUCAAUCCUUGGUGUAUUGGUCGAUUUAACUUGUUCUUCCAGAACCAAGUUUUCAUCAACGUCAUUGACACUUUCCAGCGAGACAUUGAAGAAGAAAUAACAUCACAUCAUCGUUCCGUCGACAUGGCCAUUUUCGGUCACUUGGUAUCCAACUCGACCAUGCACCAAAUCGGCAAGGAUCGUUUUGGUGUUGCAGGCUGGGGAGUGAAACUUUUGAGAUUCAGACACAUGUUUAAUGACAUGUGUUUUAACAACAGACGCGUGAAAAAAGCUGUCCGCAAGUUCGCCGACUAUUCAAUUCCAUCGGAAAAAUACAUCAACUCUCAGGAACUCUAUGAUGAAAUAAGUUCUCAGCUACCUCGUUUACUUGAAAUUAGUAACAUCCACUUGCAAGUGAGUCGUGCAGGAACGAUUAGCCAAUUGAUUGCUUUCAUCAUUUUAUUGGACGGACGUAAUGAAUGGACACCGGAAUUGUACGGCGAAAUGGCACAGUUACUCUGUUCAAUUUCCAAUAUCGAAUCGGCUGAUGUUCCAGUUGCUCUCAAGCAAAUUGCUGAAGCCAUAUUGAAGAGUGAUGAUGUUAAAGAGUUUACUGAUCACGCACCAGAAGUCGCAUCAGUUUGGCUGGAGACGGAUCCCGGACAUGCCGGCCGAUUGUUUCGUUCAUUCAUCGCCCGACAUGGACAUCGAGGCAUCAAGGAAUUUGACAUUGCAACUGAAACUUGGGGAAUGAAUUGCCGAUCCCUGGUGUCUGUCCUCCAAUCAAUGGUGGCUAAUCCAGUUAGCUUUGCUCCCAACUCCCAACCGACCAAGUCUAAUGAUGACUGGCUCAAAAUCAUUGGACAGAGCAAGCCGGGAAAAUAUCGCGCCUUGAAAUUCUUCGUCCCUCGCAGUCGCGAUGCUGUUAUCGCUCGCGAGAAAACCAAGUCGUUGUUGAUCCGCACUAUUCAUGUCUUCCGAAUGGCUUACCGCAGACUGGCCCAACUUUUGGUCCGAGAUGGAAAAAUCCCUGACGCCAACCUGAUCUUCUUUUUCACGCAUUCGGAGCUACAGCAGCUCAUUCGUUCAAAUGGCGUCGCAUUAAUCAGCAAGGCCAACAGGAGACGGAAACUUCACCCAGAUCUGGAUGCUCUCGUCUUCCCCGAAAUGUCACUGGGUAUUCCCCAACCCCUAGAAGAAUCGUCAACCGAAAAAUUGGUAAUUUUACUUUUAGACACGUUUUUAAUUUGGCGGUCGAUUUUUUAUUCGCGUUUGAUUGACCAGAUGGUGGGUGCUGAUGGAGUCCAGUUGACGGGAACUCCAGUCUUCAAGGGAACCGUUCGAGCAACAGUCCGUGUCGCCUUGAACCUGGAAGAAGCCAAAGAAAUCCAGAACGGAGACAUCCUCAUCACGAGGAGCACAGACAUCGGAUGGAGUCCGUAUUUCCCGUUGUUGUCUGGCGUCGUGACGGAGCUCGGUGGUCUGAUUUCUCACGGAGCUGUUGUGGCCCGAGAAUAUGGUCUGCCAGCGAUCGUGGGCUGCGAUAAAGUGACUCAAGUAUUCCGUUCGGGAGAUGUCGUCAUCCUGGACGGAUCAAAGGGUACAAUAACUCGUGUCGACGCAAGUUAGUUCCUUCCCUAAAUAGAAUAGUUAAAAUCACUGAUUACUUGAGAAGCAUUACACUUGAUUCAUUAACCGACUUUGAACUGCACCGUGUUACAUCCUUGUUGAAUUACGGGUCGUAUAAUUUUCAAUUCCAAAAAUCCCGCGUUGCCUAGACUGCCCGGCAUUUACUAUCAACAGGCCGUAUACACUUUUAUUCGUU